ACACACACAAAUCAAACUAGGGUUUUUACACAAGUCCCAAAGCUACCACACACCUUCAAAACUGAAUAGAAGAGGUUAAAGCGACGGCGUUUUAGCAGUCCGCCUUGAGAAGCCCUAGCUUUUUCUUGGCCCUCAUUUUGUUAAUAUCUCUUCAAUUCACGUAAAGGGUUUGUAGAUUACACAUAGAUAAAACUAAAUUUAAUCGAAAAAAGUAGAAUUUAAUGGCACCGAAAGCAUCGAAGGCCGAUAAGAAGAUUGCUUAUGACGCGAAGCUGUGUCAGCUUCUUGAUGAGUACACGCAAAUCUUGGUUGCUGCUGCGGAUAAUGUGGGGUCUAAGCAGCUUCAGAAUAUCAGAAAGGGAUUGAGGGGUGACUCUGUUGUGCUGAUGGGGAAGAAUACUAUGAUGAAGAGGUCAGUGAGGAUUCAUGCCGAGAAAACUGGGAAUGAGGCUUUUCUGAAUAUCAUUCCGCUGCUUGUUGGGAAUGUUGGACUGAUCUUUACAAAGGGUGAUUUGAAGGAAGUGAGUGAGGAGGUUGCUAAGUACAAGGUUGGAGCUCCUGCUCGUGUUGGUUUGGUUGCUCCUGUUGAUGUUGUUGUGCCACCAGGGAACACUGGCCUUGACCCAUCUCAGACAUCUUUCUUCCAGGUCCUCAAUAUCCCAACUAAGAUUAACAAGGGUACUGUUGAAAUUAUCACUCCAGUUGAGCUUAUUAAGAAGGGUGACAAAGUGGGGUCUUCGGAGGCUGCUCUGCUUGCUAAGCUUGGUAUCAGGCCCUUUUCUUAUGGUCUUGUUGUCUUGUCUGUUUAUGACAAUGGAACAGUUUUCAGCCCUGAGGUGCUUGAUAUGACUGAAGACGAUCUUGUUGCAAAGUUUGCUGUUGGUGUUUCUAUGGUCACUUCCCUGUCACUAGCCUUGUCAUACCCAACUCUUGCAGCUGCACCACAUAUGUUCAUCAAUGCCUACAAGAAUGUGUUGGCAAUUGCACUUGAGACUGAGUACUCAUUCCCACAGGCCGACAAAGUAAAGGAGUAUCUCGCGGAUCCUAGUAAGUUUGUAGCUGCUGCUGCUCCAGCUGCAACUGCUGAUUCUGGUGCUGCUCCUGCUGCGGCUGCUGCUGAAGAGAAGAAGGAAGAGCCUGCUGAGGAAUCUGAUGAUGACAUGGGUUUCAGCUUGUUUGAUUAAGUUUGCGCUUGAAUUUUUAAAACCAACUUUGAUGUCUGGUGCUUUUUUACUGUUUCAUGUUGAGACUUCUAAAUCUCUAGAUUUUUAGUUUUGCUCUAAAACGUUUGUAAGCUGGUUUAAGGAUUUUGCAGACAGCUCA